AUGUCGGCCUCACCUCUCGUGCUGCGGCCUACAGAGCCUCCGAAAUCCACGUCGGCCGUCUCCUCACCGCGCAAGAAUGCCUCGUCCAACCAGGCCUCGGCGAGCGCCACACCGCAGCCCACGGGCAGCGACGACAACAAGCCCGCCAAGCCCAUCUCGCUGCCCCCUACCCUCGAUCUCGCCGAGCAGAUGAACGAGGAGGAGAAGAGGAAAUACAUCAAGGGCAAGAAGCUCGGUGAGGGUACCUAUGCCAUCGUCUUCCUCGGCCGCCUGCGAUCCGACCCCGCCUCCCUCGUGGCCAUCAAGAAGAUCAAGAUCCAGAAGGAAUACCGCGAGGGCAUGGCACCCGACGCCGUCCGCGAGCUCAAGCAUCUCCAGGAGCUCCAGCACCCCAACAUCAUCUCCUUGCUGUCCGUCUUUUCCUCCAAGGACCAGAACCUCAACCUCGUGCUCGAGUACCUGCCCCUCGGCGACCUCGAGAUGCUCAUCAAGGACACGGACAACGUGCGCUACGGCGCCGCCGACAUCAAGGCCUGGAUGGGCAUGCUCUGCCGCGCCGUUUGGUUCUGCCACGAGAACUUUGUCCUGCACCGCGACAUCAAGCCCAACAACCUGCUCAUCGCCGCCGACGGUGACAUCAAGCUCGCCGAUUUCGGUCUCGCCCGCUCCUUCGCCGACCCCCUGCAGCUCAUGUCGAACCAGGUCAUCACGCGCUGGUACCGGCCUCCCGAGCUCCUCUUCGGCGCCAAGCACUACUCGGGCGCCGUCGACGUCUGGUCCGUCGGCUGCGUCUUCGCCGAGCUCAUCAUCCGCCACCCCUUCAUGCCCUCGGACACGGAGGUCCAGCAGAUCUCCGUCAUCUGCAACGCCGUCGGCACCCCGACCGAGGCCAACUGGCCCGGCGUCUCCAAGCUGCCCGCCUACACCGUCCCCGACGGCGACCCCGAGCCCCCGCGCGGCCGCGACUACUUCAUGUCCUUCUUCAGCUCCGCCGGCCCCGACGGCGUCGACCUCCUCAUGCGCUCCCUCACCCUCGACCCCUCGAAGCGCAUCACCGCCCGCGACAUGCUGCUGCACAACUGGUGGCACGCCCAGCCCAAGCCCACGCGCAAGGAGAACCUGCCGCGCAAGGAUGCCGGCGGGGAGGAGCAGAUGGGCGCCGACCUCAAGCGCCGCCCCGGCGUCAUUGACGAGGACAGGGGGAGCAAGGUGGCGCGGAAGCUUGAUUUUGGGAAAAUGUGA